AUAAUAGUAAUAGGUAUAAGGCACACACACUGGUUGUGUUUUUGUGUAACGCGCGCGCGGUCAGUUAUGCAUCAGUUGUGUAUCCGUACCGCACUGGCAUGGCUGUUCGCGCGUCGUCCUCUGACCGGCCGGCCUCGUCGUCACGUGUUUCCCCGUACCGGUUCGCCGUGUUAGUCCUGACGGUGUUGUGCUGCGGCUGUGUGCCGUCCAAUUGCUGGGCAAAAGCGCAAAAGUCCUCGGCCGACAGCCAAUGCGGCAACAAGAUUUGUAAUGCAGUUGAUCCACACAAGUUAAACGUCCAUCUGAUCGCGCACACUCAUGACGACGUCGGAUGGCUGAAAACCGUCGACCAGUAUUAUUAUGGCAGCAACAAAGUCCACGCGCCGUUUGGAGUGCAAUACAUUUUAGAUUCGGUGGUUUCUGAACUGUUGAAGAACAAAAACCGGAGAUUCGUAUUUGUGGAAACCGCGUUUUUAUGGCGUUGGUGGCAAGAACAAGACGAAUGGAACAGAAACAGCUUGAGGACUUUGGUAAACGAAGGAAGGUUACAACUGUUACACGGCGGUUGGGUAAUGAGCGACGAAGCUUCGCCUUAUUAUUCGGCGCUCAUUGAUCAAAUGACUUUGGGUCUUAAGUUCCUGAACGAUACGUUUGGCGAAUGCGCUCGGCCUCGAGUAGCUUGGCAAAUAGACCCGUUCGGUCAUUCGAGUGAGGUGGCGGCUGAAUUUGCGGAAAUGGGUUUUGACGGGCUGAUAUUAGGCCGGAUCGAUUACGAAGACCUGAAAUUCAGGAAAUUAGAAAAAAAGAUGGAAACGGUGUGGAGACCAGAUGUAAAUAUGGGUCAAGGGGGCGAAUUGUUCACGAGCAUUUUGUACAACUUGUACGUGGCGCCUGAAGGGUUUUGCUUCGACGCGUAUAUGUGCAACGACGAUCCCAUUUUGGACAAUCCGAAGCUGCACGGGUACAACGUAGACGCAAAAGUAGAAAACUUUGUCAAUCACGUGCAUCGGUACGCGGCCGCCUACAAGACCAACCACAUAAUGAUGCCCAUGGGAGGCGAUUUCACUUACUCGGUGGCGUCUGCUUGGUUCAGAAACAUGGACAAAUUAAUCAAACACGUGAACACGAUGAAGCCCAAAAUAAACGUUCUGUACUCGACGCCAGAGUGUUAUUUAACUGCUUUACAGAACACCGAAAACGUCACUUGGCCCGUGAAGGACACCGACGAUUUUUUCCCAUAUGCACACGACGAGCACUCCUAUUGGACUGGAUACUUCACGUCCCGUUCCAAUUUGAAGUAUAUGAUUUCCAAAGCCAACAACUUAUUACAGGCGAUGAAGCAAGUGGGCUCGGCGUUAGGUACAGAACACGACGAAGAAAUGCAGAAACUUGCAAUGGUCGUCGCCCAAUCUCAACACCACGACUCUAUUACCGGUACGGAAAAACAACACGUGUCUGAUGACUAUGCCUUGUACUUGGACGAAGCAAUAAACGAUUCGAAAAACGUGCUUACGGCUGCAUACAAGAAAUGGGUCGGAAGCGAUUAUCCCGAACAACGUUAUUGUAAGCUGCUCAACAUCAGCGAAUGUGAAAUAUCCGAAAACAAUUCGAAAUUCGUGAUCACACUGUACAACCCACUGUCGCAUAACGUCACCACGCCAGUGCGAAUACCCGUUAAAUACGCAGAGUACAAAAUCGCCAACUCCGCCGAAGCCAAUAUCGAACACGAGCUGGUCACGUUGCCCGGGCAAAUUUUCCGGCUCGGUGGUCGCACUUCAAACGCAACCCACGAACUGGUGUUCCUGGCCACCGCGGUACCGCCGUUGGGCAUUAAAAACUAUUAUGUGGAAAAAAUCAAAGACUUGGACCCUCCACCGAGACCGAUCCCGCUGAACUCGACCGAGGAGGUGACGAUCGGCAACGGGAAAUUGACCGUCGGUUUCAACGGCACCAGCGGGCUCGUGGAAUGGAUAGAGAAAAACGGCACUAGACAUUCGCUGCAACAGAAUUUUUUCUACUACGAAGCCAUGAAGGGAUACAACUUUAAUGCGGAUAAUCGCGCCAGCGGGGCGUACAUAUUUAGACCGGCGAAAAACCAGCCAACCGCCAUAUCCGAAAAAGUUCAAUUGACCGUUUACAAAGGAAAAAAUGUCAGCGAAGUCCACCAAUCGUUCAGCUCUUGGCUAAGUCAAGUAGUCAGAAUCUAUGACCAACAGGAGUCUAUUGAAUUCGAAUGGCUCGUAGGACCGGUGCCGAUCAUGGAAUGGAUUGGAAAAGAAGUGAUCACUCGGUACACGACUAAGAUAGCGUCUAACGGUACGUUUUACACGGAUUCCAAUGGCAGAAGGUGGAUGAAGAGAAAGUUAAAUCACCGUUCUUCGUGGAAUUUGACCCUAACCGAACCGGUAGCGUCUAAUUAUUACCCAGUAACUUCAAGCUUAGCAAUCAGAGACUCUGUGCACCAGGCCACCAUUGUAACUGACCGAGCACAAGGUGGUACCAGCGUAGUGAACGGAACGUUAGAGCUAAUGCUUCAUCGUCGACUUUUGUACGAUGACAGCCAAGGAGUCAGUGAACCGUUGGACGAGAACCAAUUUGGAGAAGGAAUGGUCUCGAGGGGCAAACAUGUAUUGCACUUGAAUGAACUCGACAAGGCUGGCAGUGCACAUCGGUUGUCUGCAUUGCACACAGCAAUGUCACCUGUUAUUACAUUGGCUCCGACGACUCUGUGGUCGACCGAAUGGAACUCCAAGUUUAACGCCACGUUUACCCUGUUGAACGUCACUCUGCCGUUAAAUAUUCACGUGUUGACGUUGGAACAUUGGCGAAAAGAUCAAGUGUUGUUAAGACUGGAACACGUUUUCGAAAAAGACGAAGAUCGGUUUUUAUCAUUACCCGAAUACGUCAAACUCAGAAGUUUGUUUACUCAUUUAAACGUGACGGAUUACAAAGAGUUGACCCUAAGCGCGAACCUGGCCAAGGAAUCUUUGGACCGUUACCGUUGGAAUCACGACAAUAAGCCUCAGCCACGGCAGCAAGAUUCAGACGCACCAGACGUCGUCCUCUUAAGACCAAUGGCCAUUAAAACUUAUUUGCUGACAGUGAAACCACGAUGACGUACAUGUUUGUUUUAAUUAUUAUUUGAUUUUUUUAUUAUUAUUACUAUUAUUAUUAUUAUUAUUAUUAUAGAUUUAUUACUAUUAUUUAAUUAAAAAACUAAUGUACGAUUAUUAUUUAAACAAUUUUUUUUUUUUUUUAUAAGCUAACAACAAAUU